UGGGUGUCCACCUACAAACUGGACAAAGACGGCUACAUCGCAAAGUGCAAGGCACGCAUUAGCGUGCGAGAAGACAUUGAGAAGGAUCUCAGGAACGAAACGCACGCAGCCACGCUGGCGGCGAAGUCAUUCCGCAUGAUGUUGGCAAUUAUCACGAGAGACGACCUGGAUGUCAGACAGUGCGACGUCAUCAGCGUGGAGCCUCAUAAACAAGGAGGACCGGUUGUUGCCGACUACCAGAUGGGUACGUCCAUCUGGGGUUUCUCAGGACGGAGAGGAUCCCACAAUGGUUGCAGACCCGCAGAAGGCCCUGUAUGGACUCGGGGAAUCGCUCCUGUUAUGGUACAGAGGGAUCUCAUCGUCUCGUACUUUAGACCUCCACCAGCGUACAAUGACCUCGUCGCGCCGCCUUGACGUCUUCGUUGGGCAGAUUCGCGGAGUCGUAAUAGACGACUUUGCCAUGUUUCACGUUUAUUUCGCGAAGCGUGAAGUGGUUGUUGUCAAGUGGAGACGGAAGCAGCAGAUGUUAUCCCGUCCCUCUCCCCUCGUUCAUUGUUGCACCUGCUUCGCGGUCCCUCCAACGGUUUGGCCAAGGGUCUGCCUCCCGUUCCAUAAUUGGACCAACAAACCGACGCGGACAUUAGGCAAUUUUCCAGCGAGAUGCAUCGACAACACCAGUUCGUGAUUGAAAGCGUGUCGUUACUCGAUCGGCUACAGACCAGAAUUCGAGAGGAAGUCAUGAGGCAUGGUGCUGUCGGAGACAAAGACCUGGCGAGGCAGCCCAUGCAACUGAGUGACCCCUGGAGCGGCUUUGACAUUGGGCAUGGGUCGGAGUG